UCACAUACAAUUCCAUAAAUCAUUAUUUAAAAGACGGUAUCUUCUUCCUCUUUUCAUAGACCCUGCAAAUGCUGAUGAAGCAUUGAAGAGAGUUCAGAUGAGUUGCAACGAAGAAAUGGCUACCUACCAUGAGGACAAAACUUGCGAAGUAUUCAAGGAACUGUUAACUUGUGUAGCCAGAUCAAACACAUCAUUUGUCAACAAAUUUGUGGAACAGAACGAAUUGGAUUGUAAAUUCUCUGCAGAAUUUAGAAAGAGCUUACAAAGAUUCCAAACAACUGAAAGCCAAACUGUCACCAAACCUAAAGAUACACAAGAAGGGAACUAUGCCAGCAGAACAUACGCAUUGAUCAUUGUCCCAGUUGUAAUGUCCAGCUUAUCUGUCUUAGCUUUCUUUGCUCUAUACAACUGAUAGAGCCCACAUUCCUUAUAUUCAGAGAACUUAAAUUAUGGAGUAUAUGGAUCCCAAAUUCGAAACUAUUGAAGAGAACAAGGAAUUUUUUUUUUAUAUUUUAUGCCUGAUCACCGGUCAUCAUCAUUUGUUAUUUUUGAAAUGUGUACAUAUCCACUGAAAUGGUUACUGGUCUGAGGUCUACACUGGGUUUAUUAUCAACAAGUGAUAAAUGUGGUAUUAAGAAUAGUGGAAUAAGUGAAGACAAGGCUAUGAUAAUAUUCUAGAUGAAUGAUAAAUCUGAGCCAAAGCAGUACCAUUUGAGCAUAUAAGCACAUAUAUAUAUAUAUAUAUAUAUAUAU